AUGGCAACAAAAGUGGACAAAUAUUCUGUUCUUCACAGAAAGAAAACAAAAAGUGUGACAUCGGACAUUGAAUUCAAAAAGUUAACUAAGCCGUUCAGCUACCCUGGGAAGAGUCAGCCAUCUAAUGGAACUGUGCAGUCCUUGAGCCAAAAGCAAGCACACAGUAAAACAUGCAUCAGACAACAACAGGCUCAAGUCAGUGGAGCUAAGCAAAACAGGCCUGCAAUUAUCAGAGACGGCAGUAACUUACAUUUCAGUCAGAAAUCUGUGAGGAAGAUGACCUCAGAAAGUAAGCAUGACAAGGUUCAAAUGUCUGCAAGUGCCAGAAAGAAGCAGGAUGGUGCCUCUAACUGGAUGAAAUUGUGUGCAACCUUAAAUAUUGAUGGUGCCAAGAGGAAAACCAAAACCUUGAAAAGAGCAUUAUCAAAUGAUGUCGCUGAGCAGGGAGAACACUCUGAGGUUAAAAGAACUAAACUUGGGGUGUGGUUUGACAAUGUUGACAAGAUCCUCAUUGAAACAGAACCAACAGAACAAAGUAGGGUGGGUACAGGCGGAGACAUUGACGGCAAACAAAUAACUGAUCCACUGGUGAAGCCCGGCUCUUUUAAAGGUCUCACAAACUGUGUGGCUAUGGACUGUGAGAUGGUGGGGUUUGGCCCCAAGGGAGAGGAGAGUAUCCUGGCUCGUGUUUCUGUGGUCAACCACUUUGGUGUUUGCUUGUAUGAUAAAUUUGUGCAGCCUCGGGAGAAGGUCACGGACUAUCGAACUCAUGUCAGUGGUGUGACAGCCCAGCUUUUGUCUACAGGUGAAGAAUUCACAAAAGUCCAAUCGGAAGUGAGUGGUCUGAUUAAAGACAGGAUUCUGGUUGGACAUGCAGUACACAAUGAUUUGAAGGUUCUCUUCCUGACACAUCCUCACAGAAUGAUUCGAGACACAAGUCUCUACAAGCCGUUUCGUGAGCUGUUCAAAGGCAGGUUGCCUUCACUGAAAAAACUCACUGACAAAGUUCUUGGUGUGUCUGUCCAGGAGGGGCAGCAUAGCUCAGUGCAAGAUGCCCAAGCUACCAUGAGACUCUACACCAUGUACAGGCAGAAAUGGGAGAAGCAACUCCGGCAGGACAGGAAACUGGGCAGAAACAGAAAGAGGAAGAAGAAACAAGCUAAAGAAGAGAAUGUGUGA